CGCCCGGUGCUUGCGCGCAACAUGACGGGCCUGCUCAGAAUAACCUUUCCAGCGGGAAUAAUAUUGUGGACAGUCAUUCUGCUGCUGCCGUGGUUACUUGCUGUCGCUACCAACGUAGUUUUGUUUGUGCUAACACUUUGGUCUGGAUACUGGCUCUUGUGGCGCGUUCGCCGGGCUCUCUUCAACGAACUGGUGGUUCCGGAAGGAAAGAGUGUUCUCAUAACCGGCUGUGACACUGGCUUUGGACAUCUCUUGGCUAUCCGGCUAGCAGCUGACGGCUUCCGCGUCUACGCUGGUUGCCUCAGUACUUCCAGCGGCGGAGCCACGAUCCUCAAGCGCAUUCCCAACGUGCGCGUCUUACAGCUGGACGUAACCAAGGAGGACGACAUCAAAGAAGCCUACGUGGCCAUCACCUCAGACAACAGUAAUACGGGCGAGUGA